AUGCUUCAACAACAACUUGAUACAUCAAGAGAUCCCUUGCCAAGUUUUCACAACAACACCCACUCUUUCACUCAACGACCCGAUGACCCAAUGUUCUCACAACCAGAUGGCAUGUUCGAGCACAUUCAUGAAAUAGUGCAUGACAUUCUGAAUCAUGCCUUGUCACAACUGAGUGUGUCAUCACUACUUCUCAAUGAUGAACAAGCAGAAUUCAUUGAAGACGACACGUCGCCCACAACUAUCCAAGACAAUGAUUCCACUGCAAGCUCAAUUAUAUCUCAUGACGAAGAAAAUUCUGAAACCUUUUCUUCAAACUUGAUUCAAGAAACAACAAUGAGCCAAUUCGCAUCAUUUCAACAACAUUCAUCACAUUACCCAAAUUUGGAUGUAAACAUUGAAUCUGACCCAUAUGGUUUCUCAUCUGCUUAUUUCUGUUUUGGGUCUAACGAAGAAAAUUUUCUCUCUCUCGACUCGAGCCAACUUUUGAAGUAUGCGACAGGUGUUGAUGGGUUUAAUGGAGAGGUGAUUUCUAGAGUGACUCCACGAACAUUUCACUCGACACCAACGAAUACAGAAAAUAAUGGAAUGAUGGAUGUUGAAAGCACUUUCAAACCAAGAAGUUUGGGAGGAGAUCAAGUCGUGGAACACAUUCGUAUGGCAGCUUAUAAUUUAGGAAUUUUAACAAGAAGAGUGAAAAGCUUUCAUGAAAAUACGCAUCAUAACGAUUCAGAUGGAACAAUUUGCUACAUUUCAGGAAGUAAUGAACGAGGUCAAUUUGGUUUACCAGAAAAAUUUAGAGGUACCUCAAUGUUUAGAAAGGUGGAUUAUUUUGAAAAGAAUGGAAUUGUCAUUAAGGAUAUGACUUUUGGUUCUUAUUUUGCCUUGUUUUUAUCUAGAGAUGGAAAGCUUUAUAGUGCCGGUGAAAAUGAAAACGGACAACUGGGACGAAGUUCAUUGGCCAAUCAAUUUAAUAUUGAACAUGUGAAGGUUGUAAAUCCAGAAACGAACGAAGAAGAAUGGAUUACGCAAAUUGAAGCUGGAGCAUUCCAUUGUGCCUAUCUCUCCAAAAGUGGAAACGUUUAUUCUCAAGGUUAUAAUUGUUGGGGCCAAAGUGGACAUGACGGAGAGGACAUUUUGUCCCCCUCAAGAAUUGAUAUUUUCGGGAAGGGAAAGAUUGAAAUAGAAAGAAUUGUGUGUAUUGAACAUAACACUUUUUUCAUCACAAAACCUAAUCCAUACCGCGAUAUUUAUGCAUGCGGGUUUUCAAAGAAGGGACAACUUGGUAAAGAAUAUAAGGAAGAAGCAAUUCGGCAACCUGUCAAGUUGCAAUUCUUUUCAGGAAAAGAUAAAAGUGUUAAAUCGGUGAGUGGUGGUUGGGGACAUGUCAUUAUAGCCACGCAAGAUGGCUCUGUCUAUUCUCAGGGCCUUAAUGACUAUGGACAAUGUGGCCUUGGUGAUUUAGAGCCUCGAAAAGAAUCCACGUUAAUACCAUUCUUUGCUGAAACACUGUACAAGCAAUCGUAUCUUGAAAAAAUUGAAGAAGUUAAGUGCGGUAGCUAUCACUCUUUAUUCUUGUCCAGAUCAGGUAAAUUGUUCGGAUGUGGCUACAAUGAAAUGGGAUCGUUAUCGUUGGGCACUGAGAGUUGGAUUACCGUACCAACCUUGAUCAUUGAAUUUCCAGGUUAUUUAAUUGGAGAGCCACAUUACCAGUUGGAACUGAAAACAUGGUGUUACACCACUAGUGUGUUGGUUAAAAAGAGGUCGAAAAGAGUGGAGCAAUUUUUCUCAAACUUGAUGCGAUCAUUAGAAAGAGAAGCAAAUUUUUUCGAUUUAUCCGUUAUUUAG